AAAUAUGUAUUGAAAUUAAAAGCAUUAAUAAAGAAUCAAAUAUCAAGGUUACAUUAUACGAUCUAUUUGAAGAUAUCAAGAAUGUGGCAGAAGGUGGAUUUGGAAAGAUAUUUAAAGCCCAUUGGGUAUUAAAUUCAGAAGAGGCAAAAACAUUAUUCCUAGUAGAAUUAACAUUCUUUAAUUUGAUUGAAACUAGCACUACUUAA